AUGGACGGGAUGCAAACGCAUAUGGAAGAUAGGUGGCAAAGGAUUGACCAGAUAUUUAAUAGCUUAGAGACAAGGAUUAAUGCUUUAAACCAAAAUUCUGCAUCUCGAGCACAAAAUUCAACAGUAGCCCACCUUGACAGACUUUUUCCUCUGGUCAAUGCAAGCACUUCCGAAAAUAUUCCAGAGUUUCCUGAGACACCUGCUGUCCUUAGCCGUAUGACGAAUGCAACUAUCAAUCGAGUACUUCUAGCACUAGGGUCCAAUACCGAUGGAACUAUUGAAGUUAAACGCAAUCGCCUUUCCACUACUAUAGGUCUGAGGGUUGGCGGAGUCUAA